GACCUUUGACCUGACGGAGGAUUAUGGCGACGCCUUUGAAGCCGUGGGAGCUGCGAGGAAGGGGAGGAGGGUCCGGAGAGUGUAGGUAGGAGGGACGGUCAGACCACACCUCGUCCAAGGUCAGGUGGUCCAUCCCCACCACCUGUCGUUCCUCCCAGACCCACCAAUACCGUAGGUGGCCAACAGCAGAGAAGUUACUAUACUCCUUCAUACCAAGGGUAUGGAGGUGGGUUUGGGUAUCGUCCAAUGGGAGGAAUGUACGGAGGCUACGGGGGAUACUCGGGGUGUGGGGGAUACGGGGUGGGGUACUCCGGGUAUGGUGGAGGAUUCGGGGGAAGUAACUUGGACGACAUGUCGAUGGUGAGACAGGCGGAGGAGAGAACCAGAUCUACCUUCCAGUCCGUGGAGAGUGUCGUCGGGGCCUUUGCUUCAGUUACUAUGAUGCUGGAAUCGACGUAUUUUGCCGUGCAGAGUUGCUUCAGGGCUCUAUUGGGAGUGGCUCAGCACUUCACUCGACUCAGGAACUACAUGUGGGGCCUCCUGGGAGCUCUGGCUAUUCUACGAAGGCUCCGCUACUGGCUCAAGAGACUGCUGCGAUGGCUACACCUACGACAUCCUGCUCAGUCGGAGGAUUUGUGGGAAGAGGCUUCAUUGGAAAGUGUGAGCUCUUCUUCUGGGACACCUGGCAUCUGGUUGUGGCCACUGGUCAAGUUUCUGUCGGUGGUGUUUGGUGUCCCGUGGCUACUCUGGAGAUUCAUCUCUUUUCUCUUGAGAUGUGGUGAGCACUCUGGUGGACCCAGUAACUGGUCUAGUGGCGAGGGGCAGACCCUGGUCGCUAGAGCUCUUCAUGACUUCUCGGCAGCCAAUCCUGAUGAACUCUCUGUGGCUGCUGGAGACGAACUAGUGCUUGCCCCUAGACAGUUACAGACUGGAUGGUUACUAGUUGGGAAAAAUCGCACCAGUGGUUUGGUGCCGGCCAACUAUGUGCAGAUAGUCCAGCAGCAGCCUGGGGCCCGCGAAGGAGUGGGAGGUGGUGGGAGUAGGGAGGAGGGUAGCAGUGGAAACCUCCCUCCCUCCCUUCCCUCUCUCUCCGUCACACCCACCAACAGACACAGAGACACUGAGGAAGAAUCUCUUUUGACUGAUUAGGAAUUUUGUGCUGUAAACAAUGUAAUUGGCGAGCAAAGCAAAAGUACGUCCGCGCUGAGAAUGCACCUUGAAAAUCUAGAAUAACUUCCGAUUCCAGCAUUGUAUGCGGCCACGCUUGGUAUCACUUCACACUUCAGUUUGUUCAGCACUUACCCCGUUCAAAUCCGCUGCAUAGUUUUUUCGCUACGCACAUUAUGCAUAAUCCCAUACAUUUCUACACAUACUUACAUACGGCGAGAAUAUACCGCCCUCCUCUUAUCUACUUCAGCAUGCAUUCUCAGCGUGAAUGUACUUUA